CUUGGGUGUUGAAGAUGGAAUUAGAUACACUCCAUCCAAUUCUGUCCCUGCUGCUGUCACGGACCUCUUGGGUGACCUCCUGCAAAAGUUGCAAAUCUUUGUAACCUUGAUUCUGAUCAAAUCUGAAAGCAAUAACCUGUGCUCCCAUGUAGACCCUGAUGUAACUGAUGGCAAAACAUGCCCUGGCAGCGCUUUAACAUCUUCUUUUAUCAAUGGCAAAUACAGGAUUUCUUGAUUCUUCUGGAUCAGCCCACGCAAUGCUGAGGUGAGGGAGCGUUUCAGAGAGAUCCUACAAGCCAAAUAUAAAUAAGCCAUGCAGCACAGCAAAAACAGCUGUGAAGUCCCAGUGACUGCUGCUGCGGUGCAAGGGAUGGAUUAGGAGCCCCGAGAGGCAGGGGUGUGUGACUGCUUAAUCUCAGCUGUCUGUUCUGCAGCAAGAAGGCUUCUGUAGUGGUGGUUGUACCUACUAUCAAUAGGACUUGUGCGAUACAGAAACUGUAAUCUGAAUGGAAGGUGAACAAGGUAUCUGGCUUUGCCUCCUGGAGUUAAUAAAGGCUGUCUUCUGAAACAAGCUUCAAAUGGAGCUGAAGCUCCUGGCCUCCUUUACAUACAAAUGAAGCUGCAUAUGUCAGUGCAGUUCCAGUGGAAAAAGACCAUAUUGAAGAAAUGGUAACACGGUGCAUAGUGGAAGUUCUGUCCAAUGCUCUGUCUAAGCCAAAUGCACCACCAAUUAAUCCUGAAUGCAAAGAAAUCCUGAAGAAGAGUGAUAGAAAUGACAGAGAGAGAAGCGAAAACAAACAACUUGAAGUGAGGCAUUUGAAAGACCUAGCAGAGAUUGAAAAACAUCAUACUGGGAGUGUGGAGAAAGAACAAAGUCAGGCAGAAGAGGAAUCUAAAAAGUACAUGAAAGGAAGUGAUGAGGAGAAGCUUGGUCACAAGGAAGGUAAAAGCAAGGAAGAGGAGGAUGGACUCCACACACCAAUUCGAGAAGAGAGACUUCAUACAGAAGAAAAGAAACACUAUCAGGAAAGUGGAAGAGAGGAGGAGAAGAGCUACCACAGUGAAGAAGAAAGCAAAGAGAGCAAGCGUCAUGACGAAGAGGUAGAGCAUGCUGUUCUCAACAAGAAGUCCCGCUCUGGAGGCACAAGCACAGAGGAGUUCCCUGAUGGGAAUGAUCAGCGCCCCAUGGGCCACUGGCACUCGGAGGAGGGAAUGCAGAGCCCAAAAAGAAUCCAUGAAGGUGAAGAGGGAGAGGCAGAGGAAGAAAGAAGUGACAAAUACCACCAUGAGUCUAAGGAACGUGAUUUCUCCCAUCAGCAAGAGCAUGAAGAAUUGGAUGAGAGUGAAGAAACAGAGGAGGAAAAGCAACCCUACAAACCCAGACGUUAUCAUGGGAAGCAUAGAACGGGUGACUUCUCUGAAAAGAAGAGGGGCCGUGGUGGUGAGAAGGAGGAACUAGCUGAGGAGUCAAACACAGAGGAGGCCUAUCUCUGGGACAAGAGGAACCACCAUCAGAAACAUCAUGAAGAGUCUGAGCAGCAGCGUGAGGAGAAGAGUGGUUAUAGUGGGAGGCAUGGGUCUGAAGAGGUGGAGGAGAAGAGGCAUGCAGGCCAGGAAAGUGAGUACAGAGAAAGGUGGCAGCAAAGUGAAGAGAGCAGUGAAGAAGAAAACAAGAGGCAUCGCCACAGUGAAGAAAGUAACGAGAAAUGGCACGAGGAGAGGAGACACCGUGAUGGAUCACAUGAGGUAAGGAGGCAGCAUUCUGAGGGAAGGAUGUAUCUUGGAGAUGAAAGUGAGGAAGAGCUGGAUAGGUAUCUCAGUGGUGGCAGCAAGGAGGAGCAGCAUCAUGCUGGAGGGAGAUACCGCUUGUGGGACAAUGAAGAUGAAGGGUCGCAGAAAGCGUACGCUCAAGAGCGCAAAGGGCAGGCCAGAAGACACUACAGCACUGAGGACAGUGUAGAGCAACAGCGCUACCCUGGCAGCAGUGAGGAGGAGGAGGAAGUAGAAAAGAAGCAUCACAGCAGUAAUCAGAUGGAUAACGAAGAGGAGAAUAUGGAGGAGGGAAGAUACGCAGAGAGGGAAGAGUACACAAGCCAUCUCCCUGCAGAGAAUGAGAAGAGGACCGUGGUAUCCUACAGCCCUUUCUACCCACUGCUGUGGUGGAAAAGCCGGCACUUUCAGAAAAGGGGCAGCACAGGAGAGCAGCUUCUGGAGGGCAAAGAGGAAAGCAGGCCCACUCUGAAUGAGAAGAGUCUUUUCCCUGAAUAUAAUGACUAUGACUGGUGGGAGAAAAAGCAAAUCCUAAGUGCUCUGAACUAUGGACGCAUUGACAAGAGGAGUCUUGGCAAAAUGAACAGAUACGAUAUGAAAAGGCAAUAUAACAAGAUGGAUCAACUUGCACAACUUCUGAAUUACAGGAAGAAAUCAGCUGAAUUCCCAGAAUUGUACAAUUCUGGAGAAGACAUGAAAAAACGUCACGUAAUCGGGAAUGACAGAAGAAGUCUGAGCCAGAGGCCUCUGACAGAAGAGGAGGAAAAAGAACUGGAAAACCUGGCCACUAUGGAUUUGGAGCUGCAGAAAAUAGCUGAGAAGUUUAAUGACAACAGGAGAGGCUGAAGAUUAUCUGCUUUGGUAUUUUAAAGCUAGGUGUAGCUGUACUCAAAAUACCUGUAUUUUGUGGUAAAUUCACUGCCACUGGAUUGUUGUUUGCCCUAAAACCAGGAAAUACUAUUUACUGUCCACUAUAGUGUAGUGAUUUAUACAGCUGAAAAUGUCUUUAAUUUGCUAUUAUGCUAUUGAGAUCUGAAUAGUAUGAAUUUUAGUAUUAUAACCUUUCAUGCAAGGCAGGUAUUUUUAAUAUGCUUGUGAAAAUAAUUGUGUUAGUGCUCUUCAGAAAUAUAUUUGUCUGAGUUUGAAAUAAUAAAAAACAUUGAUCUUGGGCCAAA